AUGUCAGCCGUAGAAAAUGUAGAUACAUCGAAAUUAGUGAGAUACACGUCUCCGGUGAACCCCGCUGUGUUUCCGCAUUUAACUCUAGUUUUAUUGGGGAUUGGUAUAUUUUUUACGGCUUGGUUUUUCGUAUACGAAGUGACCAGUACGAAGAAAACGAGAAGUUUACGAAAAGAAUUAAUGGUGGCAUUGGUAGCUUCAAUUUUUUCGGGUUUCGGCAUAUUAUUUUUACUAUUAUCGGUCGGUAUAUACGUUUAAGUGUCAAAUAUUUUUUCGUUUUAUAAAUGUUUUGUUUUAAUACAUCGUUUUAACAUUA